UCGUGCCCGCUGGCUAUUCAGGAAAGAAGCAUGCUUGAUCUUUUAUCGGUGGGUGUAUAAAGGCCCUGUGAUCCUUCUUUAUCCAUUUUGGUCCGCCCUUUUUCUUUUUAUCGCGUCCGUCCCCUCCCUCGCGUCCUAAGCUGCCACCGCCCCUCUUACUAAGGGGAGUGAGAGGAGAACAGGAGAGAAACGUCUCUUUGGGUUAUUGCUGGAUGAAACAUGACCGCAGCGCUGGAUCUCGAUCAGGUUUCCUGUGUGGUGAUUGGCGUGGAGCACGACAUUGAGACCCCCCACGGUGUCCUUCACGUGACGAUGAGGGGGACCCCGAAAGGCAACCGACCUGUCAUUCUCACAUAUCAUGACAUCGGACUCAACCAUAAGUCCUGUUUCAACACGCUCUUUAACUUCGAGGACAUGCAGGAGAUCACCCAACACUUUGCGGUGGUCCAUGUAGAUGCUCCAGGCCAGCAAGAAUCUGCUCCUCCUUUUCCCACUGGGUAUCAGUAUCCAACUAUGGAUGAGCUUGCCGAGAUGCUGCCCUCAGUUUUGACCCAGCUGAAGAUCAACAGUAUGAUUGGUAUCGGGGUGGGCGCUGGAGCCUAUAUCCUCACUAAACUGGCUCUAAAUGAGCCUGGAUUGGUGGAGGGAUUGGUGCUCAUCAAUGUGGACCCCUGUGCUAAGGGCUGGAUUGACUGGGCCGCCUCUAAGGUGUCUGGGUGGACCAGUAGUCUGGUUGACAUUGUGAUGGCACAUCAUUUCAGCACGGAUGAGUUGACAGACAAUCAGGAGAUCAUUCAAACGUAUCGUCUGCACAUCGCUCAAGACAUCAAUCAGGAUAACCUGGGUCUCUUCUGCAACUCCUACAACAGUCGACUGGAUCUGGAGAUCGAGAGGCCCAUCCCAGGACUUAACGAAAAUACAGUCAAUACACUGAAGUCUCCUGCCCUGUUAGUGGUUGGAGACACAUCACCUGCGGUGGAUGCUGUGGUUGAAUGCAACUCGAGGCUUAACCCCACCAAAACUACACUACUCAAGAUGGCAGACUGCGGUGGACUUCCUCAAGUUGUCCAACCGGGUAAACUCGCUGAGGCUUUCAAGUACUUUGUCCAGGGAAUGGGCUACAUCCCUCAUGUGCUGCUCAGCCACUUGAACAGCGAAUCAGUGCCCACCGCUAGCAUGACCCGGCUGGUGCGGUCUAGGACCCACUCUGCAUCCAGCAUGGGUUCAGCGGACGGCUCACGCAGCCGUGCACCCACCAGCCCACAGAUGGAGGGUGCCACCGGCGGCUCCAUCCACGACAACCAGACCAGACCACAAACAAUGGAGGUGUCCUGCUAAAUCACCUUGUCUCCAGUCUCCAGCUGGGAUCAUCCACCUCUAUACCCGCACCUCUCAGAUUUCUUUUUCCACUCCAUCAUUUUCUGUGUUUACUUGUUGUUCUCCUGUGACCAGAAUGAUCUGGUCGAAUAGGGGACGCGUUGUUUGAUUUGUUGUAAUCUACGCAUGGACGCACACAUACCUGUUGGUUUUACCUUCAUCCCGAUAGGCUUAACUCUUUAUUUCUUGAAUUUGUUUAUGCUUUGAUGUUUUCAGACUCUGUAUGCCUAUAUAUUUAGUUGGAGGCUGUUGUAUAUUCAACAUUCAGAGGAGAGAGUUUUCUUUCCCUCUCUCAGUCUCUCUAAUGUCUUCCUUGCCCUUGUGUUUUCUAUAGAGAUGACCAAACCACUUCCUCUUGUCAUUUGUUUCCACCUCUGCAAGUCAUUUAUUUUCUGAAUUGGUUUCUUUUUUUUUGAAGUUGUUAUUUGUUUGGAUUUUCAUUUAUUGCUGUUAUUUUCUUUAACAGGUCAUUAAAAGAGCUAGCUAGGGUCUAGCAUGACCCUUAUUUAAACUAGACAUUUAUAUGCGUAUUGUUCAUGUAUGACUGUAAAACUUAAUUCUAUUUGGUUUUUAUCUGGUUCUUUGGUUUAUUGUAUUACCAGACGGCCCCCAUGUCCAGUGAAGAGGUCCCCCAGGUUUGUAUUUAAACAAGUAACAUACUAAACAUACUUAAAGGAUCUGUGAUUAGGCAUGGCAGACAUCGGCCGGUCUGUAAAGAGGAACCACAGGCACUAACAGAUCUGAAGCUUAUACAACACAAACACUUUGCCUGCUCUUAAACACACAGAUUAUAGAUGGGUUUAUGGUUCUCCAUUACUUCUGUACAGUGGAUGGAUAUCUCAAUAAGCUUAUUAUUUUGACUAACUUUACUGUCAUUGGUCUUUGUUCCUAUUUUAAUGGAUGGCAAUUUUCUGUCAAUUGCUGAUUGUUCUGCUGCCUUGGGUGAGUUUGUGAUUAUGCGUCGUGCUUUGUCCUCCAAGCAUUUAGAGGAUGUUGUACUUCAUAUUGUCUGCUGAGUAUAUCUAUUUGUACUAAUAUUGAAAUAAAGUAGUUGUACAUAAA